AUGUCUUCAGGAGGUGCUUCACCCAGCAAAGAGGAGCUUUUAGCGCUAUUGCGGAAAGAACGUGAACGAGCAGAUUACGAGCGGAGGCGUGCAGACGACGCAAAGCAACGUGCGGAGCAAGCAGAAGAGCGCAACCGGAACACAACAUUUGCAGAAUACCUGAGAGCUUGUCAUCGCUGCUUAACGAAACCUCUUACUGUUCAGACCAACCGCUCGCUGACGACGAAAGGCUCUAUCACAAGCCCAGUCGGCCGUGUGUGCCCCACGUUCCUUCGUCCCUGGGAUUUCCGCGCAGCGCAACAGACGUUUUUUGACGAAAUCUACCAGCUUUUCCAUCCGAACUCUGAGGCACCUCUGCGAGUAUUUCCACUUCUUUAG